CCAAACAUUGGAUUUAUAUGAGUGUAAGAGCCUUUUUUUGGAAAUUGUAGGGGAUAUUCAAGUUAAAAUUGCUGAAUUUGAAGAAAAUAAACAUGCAGAUGUCAAGGACGAAUGCGAAAAAUUAAUUACACAUAUAUUGGAAGAAAAAGAGAAACAUAAAGAGUGUUAUACUAAAGGGUUUCCAUAUCCUAACUUAGUUGAUAAUGAACAUAUAAAAUCUUUUUAUCGGAUAUGUAAUGCAAAAACUAAUUGUAAUUUCAUCUCACCACAAUAUAUAGAACUUAUUAAAUUAAAAGAUGAUACAGAAAUAUCCUGCAAAAGUGAUCAAGACUCUGUAAUAAAAAAUGUAAAAGAACCAAAAGGAAAUGCGGGUGAAGGAGCAUCACAACCGAAUGUAGAAGACCCUAAAAUAAUAACUCCAGAAACAAUUCCUCCUCAAAGGAAUACACAUAAAAGUAACUCCCUAAAUUGUAAUGCGCUUGACUGGCAAGCUGUUGGCAGUCAAACCGAUGAAGAUCAUCUCUCUGUUGAUAAAGAUAUUGCUGUGUUUUCUACCACAGAAUAUCGUGCUGCGAAAUUUCUAUUAAUGAAAAACCUGGUAUUGCUGGCGCAGGGGAUACUACUGCACCAUCUCACCAUGCACCUAGUGUUAAAAGUAAUAUUGAAAAUGCUUCUCAUAGUGAAGUUGAUGUUACUAAAGCUGCUGAUAAUACACACAGUGACAGUAAAGGUGCUUGUGAUGCAGUUUCGAAUGUUGAAGCUAAAAAGGAUAAGGCCCCAUGUAAUGAUAAUCCCG